AAGGAAGGAGUGAACCUCAGGACCUCAAAUUAGCCAAGUGCAAGUGUUCGUGUGUCUGGACUGUUUCUACUCGCUUAUCCCUGCUCUCUGCUCACUAUGUUGCUGGUCAAGAUCAGAUCAGUACUGCUGUGCAGAUCAACCUCCUAUGUCCUGUCCUAUACCAGAGGAUCACAUCUACUAGUGGGACGAACACCAUUUGUUAAGCUGCUUCCUGGUCACACAGCCUUCCAGCAAAGCCUCCAUGCAUCCCUUACGCCUAAAAUUACAGCUUUGGUCAGAUACUCAGACUUGUCCUCACAGAAGUACACCAUGAUUUACACCCUGCCGCACAUUACGCUCCUUAGAGCCAUUUCCAGGCUGAAACUCCUGCAAACUGCAAUCACUGUGGUCAUCCUGCCCCCAGUAUAUGUCCUCUACCUCCAGGGAUCUGCAUCCUUUUCCGUAGUCAGUUACACAACAGGGAUGGCACUGUUUGCUGGUGCCAUGCUGUACACUGCCAGUCAUUUUUUCAGGAGGGUUGUGGGGAUCAUGUACCUGGACCCGUCUCAGACUACACUCAAAGUGUCUCACCUCACUUUCUGGGGCCAGCGCAAUGAUAUCUUUCUCCCUGUGUCAGAUGUAAUGACCAUUGCGGACACUGGGGACUCGACAAAAGAGACAAUUUUGAAACUGAAGCGAUACAGCAAUUCACAGACUAUGUAUUUCUCCACUUAUUAUGGACGUGUGGUGGACCAACUGGGUUUUGAAAAGGUGUUUAAAUGAUGCAGAAUUUUUUUAAUUUAACUUCAGUUGAUGGCUGUUGUUGAUGUUUUGGCAAUAGGUCUAGUAACUAGUGACUGAAUGUGUGAAACAAAAAAUUAAAUCUGCUUAUAGUAUUUACCCUAUUUUGUCUGAAAGCACAGGACCAGAGAGCAUGAGAUGUAAACUUUACCACCUCCAGAAUUACUAUUUUAAUCAUAGUUUGCUAUUGCUGAUCCCACCCACUGGUCCCUGCUCAUCACUUCAUUCUGUAGUGUAGUAUGUUUUUGGACCACUAGAUGUCCCUAGACUCCACUUAAUAUACUACAACUAUUUGAGUUGCUUGUAUGUUAGUUAGUAAUCCUGGACAUAAAAUAGAAUGGAGCAAUGCUGUUGGGUAAUGUCAUGAAGGUCAUUGGUAAUUAUUUUACAAACUCAAACCGCUGUUAUGUGCUGUACAUUUGUAUAACCUUACCAAGCUCUGAUGCUACUACCUUUAUCUGUGGUUCCCUUUACACCUGGCAUGACUUAAUGAUUGUUACUUUGAGUUAAAUCAAUUACCUCAUCAUUUUCUUUUCAUUGUUUUGUUUUUUUUUCUGCAUGAGCUCAUAAACACAAAGACAUGUCCAUCAUUUCCUGCUGUGGCACCUGCAGACAAUGCAUAGGAACUGUAUUGUUUACGUGUCACUGUCAUAUUUUGCCCCCCAUGACCUGCUGUUUGCAUCGCUGUGCUCUGUUGAUCGAUACGUCUACUGAACCUGAAACAUCCACCUGAUAGGGACUGUUAUUGUGUAGUUGCAGUCACACCCUUGAUCGAGAACACCCUCAGUUCACCAAUGGGUUCCCAGAGGAACACUUGAGAACACGAACAAAGGAACAAAGCUAGUGAAGUGGAGUUUUUUCCUCGGUAAAACCCCUAUGUAUUGAAAGGAGAUUCUGGCAGCACUGAUAGCUUCUUUCAUGUCUUCAAGGGCUCUGCAGGGACCGACUUCUACUUGCUGCUGUCUUGCUCCAAAAUGUCCAACUAACAGACCCACCUCUGUUUGUUUUGUCAUUGUUAAUAACCGGGACGAGCUUCCUAUGAUCAACAAUAUUGCAUUGACCUUGACUCCAUCACUGCUUUUAUAUUCAAUACACUUUCCUGUGUUUAUGAACA